AUGCCAACCUACCUCUGCCACGGCUUCCGCUGGCAGCGCCGCUCCAUCCGCGUAUACACCGUCGUACAAGACCUCGACGACGUCUCGCCCGAGUGGCUGAUUCGGCCCACCAGCUCGCGCUGUCUCCUGCAGAGUUUCUAUAACUUGUUUGAGUUCUUGCCUUAUUGCUCGCCGCAUGAACCUGAGACUUGGGAUAGUAAUGAAGACGAGGAUGAGAAUGAAGAUGAGGAUGAGGGGGAUAAGUCUGGGGAAGAAAAUGGGGAAGACAAUGAUGGGCAACGAGGAGUAGUGGCAGUACCGGAUAAUCGUGGAGAGAGAGGGAAUGAGGAGCAGAGGACCCAGUGGCCGAAGCGAAAGGAGAGUCUUGGUGUGCUACGGGGUCAUGGAUCCGAGGGGACUAUGGGAAAGGAGAUGGGAAAGGGGAUGGGAAAGGAAAAGAGAGAGAUCACCGCCAUCCCUGUGGGCAGUAACAACAGGUCGUCGAUAAGUCGUACCCGUACCAUCAGCCGCAGUCCAAGUCUGAGACUUCCAUUGCAAGGCGCACGAACCCCGUCCAGGACGCGCCUGCAAGCUGCCGCCGCCGCAACUACUCCUACUACUCCUACUGCUCCUACUACUGCCACCACCACCACAUCCGCCCCAGCCUCAUCGAGAACUCCCAGCACCGUGGGAGUUUCUUCAGCAGAAAAAGGCCGAAAGGGCAAGAGAACGGGAGGCAGCAGCAGCAGCAGCAGGAGCGCAUCCCACAGCCCCAACCGCAAAAAAGACGAGCUGAGCGCCCAACGGUGGUCAGCAGUCAAAGUUCUCGAGGAGUACGACCCAAACAACCUCGACGAAGUCUCGCGGCCUUAUGCUUACGUGGCCGAUCACGUGGUGCGCGUGGAUGGAGCGGCGGAUAUCCUGGCGGAAGUAAGGCGGUACGAAGAGCGGAUGCAAAGGCUGAGGCUGAAGCUGAAGGGGGCGGAGGAGAGAGCAGGGGAACGGGAUCCCAAGGCUAAUCGUAAUAGCGGCGGGAGUGGAGGGAGUGCGGAAUAUCAUGAUGCUCUCGAGCACCUUGAAGAAAGCGCAAAGGAGAAGGAAGAGACCUGGAUUGAGCAACUUCGCGAUGAGCUCCAGCGUGGAGAAGAGAUCAAGUGGUACGUGGUUGUCAACGGGGAUGAAGAGCGCAAUUAUUCGAAUCCGAGUGACUCCGACGAUGAAGAUGAAGAUGAAGACGAGGACGAGUACGAGUACGACGAGUCGGAGGAACUCUCUUCCUCUGAGAUUACCUCUAACUACGGGACCUCCUACCGCUACGACACCACCGAAGACUUACUGAGCGCCUCAAAGCACCCCUCCCUCGCCGCGUAUCCACCAUCCGAAGGCCGACGAUCUCCCCUCUCCUACACCGGAUCUGGAUCCAGGACUUCAUCUCGCAGCGGACAAUCAAAAUCACGAAGCCAAAGCCGGAGUCACUCUCGAACUCGAACCCGCCACCGUAAUCACAGCCGGCCGAGACACGGAAAGAAGAUACGCAGACCGAAACCGACCAAAGAACAACGUCAACAUCAUGCACAGUAUACACUCCAGCAGGAACUCUUUGAGAGGAAUGACUUGCGGGCUUCUUCAACAACUCCAACUCCAACUCCCACUUCAGCGACGACGACAAUGGCCACAAGCACGAGAGGGACAACGCCAACAGCCGGACAAGCACCACCACCACCACCACCAACGGCUAUAUCUAUGAGGAACACAGGACCGAUCAUCAAAGAAGGGGCAGCCAGACGAGUAGUGAGCGAGGGAGAAAUCCAUCCAGCCUUACGAGGGCAAGCGAGAAAGUCCGAGAUACCGAUUAUCAUGGUUACCCCUACGAGGUCGACGUUUCCUGAUGAGACUGAGACGGAGACGGCUGGAGCUGUCGGUGAGAAGCGAAUGGUAGAGCAGCCGCAACAACCCCAACCACAACCGCAACAGCAGCAGCAGCAUCACCAGCAACAACAGCCACAACAGCCGCAACCACAACCACACCCCCAACAGCAACAGCACCACCAAAUCGACCAAAUAGAACCAGGACCCCGACGCGGCUCCACCGCAAGCGCCAACCCGGACAUGGGAAUAAUAACAUCCACCACCGUCCCCCUAACAAGCAGUUUCUCCCUCGACACCAGCCCCUCCAACGUUCCCACUCCGACCAUCAUUCCCACCGGCCUCACUCUCAAACCUCCCAAGAAGAACUCUACCCUUCCCACCAUCCCCACCAUUUCCACCGCUUCCCUUGUACGAAACAGGGGAAACAGACACAGCAGCAGCAACACAGGCAACGGCAGCAAACGAAGUUCCCUCACCACUUUACGGUCCCCCUCCUCUUGGUCCUGUCUAAGUCUUCAUCUCGGUCACAGUCACCACUCAGAUAAAGACAAGGAUAUCACCCGCAGCAGCAGCGGUGAGGGUGAGGAAGAAGAAGAAGAAGAAGAAGUAAUCCCCCCGCCUAGACCGUCGCCUUCGCCUCCUAUUCCCAUUUCUCUGAAUUUGAAUCCUAUGGGGUCAUCAUACUCGUAUGAACCCGUGUCGACAUUACCGCCUAGACCGGCGCCGGCGCCGCCUGGCUCUAAGCCUGUAUCACGCGGUGGACAAGCUGAAACUGGAUCAAAUAAUAAAGUCCCCACGGCGCCGUCGUCGCCGGUCGUGGUCAAGAUUAGUGCUGGGCCUGCUGGGCCUGCUGAGGCACGGAGACUGGAUACAAAGGCGCAGGGACAAGCGGCGGCGAGCCCAGUUGUAGGGCAGUAUGCGAGUAUGAUGAGUAGGACGAUGCCUACGCGGAAGGGGAACAGUGGAAACAGUGGAAAUGGGAAUGGGAAUGGCAAUGGCAACGGGAAGGAAAGUCGGAGGAGUAGGAGUAGUGGGAGUUUGAGGAGGUUGUUUCAGCGGGCUAGUGGGAAGGAGGGGUGGAUUUGA